ACAAAGCAAGAUCAGUGGAGAAUGAAAUCUAAUGGAUAAGUGCUUUUUCAAUCCUAUGGUAGGCCGAAAAUACACAAACCAAACAUCCCACUACGUCCAAUUGCAGCACUCCCCGGAACGCCAACAUACAAUUUGUCAACCGAAAUUCCACGAAUAUUAAAACAUUUAGUGGAUUCAUCCAAGCAUUUCAUCAAAUCCCCCACACAAUUCCUUGAUCAGAUUAAGAACAUUCAAAUCAACAACGACGAACUGAUGAUAUCCUUCGAUGUAACAAUGUUAUUCACCUCAGUUCAACCAAGCUUAGUAAAGCAAACUCCAUUCCUGCUUCUCACCAACGACGCGAAUCUCGCUAAGUACACAAAGCUUCAAAGUCAAAGUUUACUAGAACUCAUCGAUUUAUGCUUAACAACACAUUUUCAAUUCAACAACCAAAUCUACGAACAAACGAAAGGGACACCGAUGGGAUCACCAAUAUCAGGACUCAUCGCAGAAGCAGUGGUGCAGAGACUAGAAGCCUCGAUCUUACCAGUGGGUUCGUUAUGUGGAAGACACAUUCGUCACCGCCAAAAAGGAUUAACUGGAAAACACCUACAGGCUGAUCAACAACGUCUUCGAUGAAAUCAAGUUCACAAUGGAACAGGAAUCAAACCACAAAAUAUCAUUCUUGGAUGUAUUAUUCACCAGAAACGACACAGGUAAACUGGAGACUCAAGUUCAUAGGAAGCCGACACAUACAGAUCAAAUUAUCAACUAUAAUAGCAACAAUCUAAGAGCUCACAAAAUCAACUGCGUGCAAACUUUGUUCAAGAGGGCAAGGACACAUUGAAGCGCACUUGCAGCACGAAAAAAUUAAGAAAAUACCUUAAGACCAUUUUUCAAAAGAGCGGCAUCGCAAUCAAAUUCAUCAAAAAUUACCAGUCACAUGCAUCAUCAGAAAAAAGUCAAGUGCAGAAAUCAACAAAAGGAUCACCCUACCAUACAUAAAAGGCAUAUCAGAAACUAUAAAAUGAUUGCUGAAAACCUUCGGAAUAGGUGUUGCACAAAAACCAAAAAAAUCACUACAAUCUAUCCUAUGCAAACCAAAGGUUGGAAUGACAAAAGAAGACAAACCAAACAUCAUCUACAAAAUAAAUUCUGCCAACUGCGAAAAACACUACAUCGGACAAAGUGGACGCCUUCUUCAUCUUCGCCUGCAUGAACAUCAAUAAGCAGUCAAACGGCAUGACAUGUCCUCAUUUAUGUCAAUGCACAUGGGCAACUGCGGACACGCAUUCGACUGGAAAAAUGUGGAG